AUGUCAACUCUUUCAUGCAUUUCUUUCUUUCUUUUCCUAUCCUUUCCGACAAAUGUUUAUUUUUUUAUAUUUUUCAUUCCUCUCUUCUUUAACUCUUUUCUCCUCUCCCCUUUUCUCCUCCUCUUGUCUUCUUACCUGUUAUUUUUUUUUCUCCAACUCUUUUGGCCUCUUCCAUCUUUCCUUACUUUCACUCUUUUUUACUCUUUCCAAUCUUUUCUUUCCGUCUCCCUUUUGUUACUCUUUCCAAUCUUUUCUUUCCGUCUCCCUUUUGUUACUCUUUCCAAUCUUUUCUUUCCGUCUCCCUUUUGUUACUCUUUCCAAUCUUUUCUUUCCGUCUCCCUUUUGUUACUCUUUCCAAUCUUUUCUUUUUCCGUCUCCUUUUGUUACUUUUUCCAAUCUUUUUUUUUCCGUCUCCCUUUUGUUACUCUUUUCCAAUCUUUUCUUUCCGUCUCCCUUUGUUACUCUUUCCAAUCUUUUCUUUCCGUCUCCCUUUUGUUACUCUUUCCAAUCUUUUCUUUCCGUCUCCCUUUUGUUACUCUUUCCAAUCUUUUCUUUCUCUUAACCUUCUUCCUGCCUUCUUUUCUUCCUCUCUUUUUAUUCUUUUUACCAUUUUUCUUUUUUUUUUCUUCCUCUCUUUUUACUUCAUCCACUUCCUUUCUUUCUUCUUCCUGCUUUCUUUCCUCUCUUUUUACUUCUUCAGCUUUUCUUUUUUCUUCUAGCCUUCUUUCUUCUUCCUAUCGUCCUCUAUGCCUUUCCGCUCCUUUUCCUCCAUUUCUUAAACCUAGCCCAUUUAACUAUUUGGAACAUUAUAUUUUUGUUGCAGUAUAA